CUUUACACAGGUGCAUCAAACUGGGAGAUAAUUACCAACGUGAGUCCAUACCGAGGAGACGCGUUUUUACUACAAAACAACCUUUAUCAUGCAAAAAUAUCAUCCAUGGAGAAAAUAAUGCGAAUAAAUUCAUCAUUUAACAUUUAAGCAACUUUACAAACCAUGAGAGGAGACACAACUAAGGAUAAUGAAAUGGACGCGGCGGAUGAACACGGAGGAAGUGCAGAGGCUGCAACCGGAGAAAGAAGAUCUAGUAUUGAGACGCUACAAAAUAUGCUUAAGAGAGUGUCUCAAAGCCCUUUCCAAAGUCAAUACACGGACGAUCAGUUCCUUAUUGAUCUCGCAGCUGCUGCAGAUGUGACAGACAAACAGCAGCUAAACAUCGGACAGUGUGUAGGGCAGGAAACUCCCCAUUUAAAUCCCCAGAAUGGAGUCAGUGGGGGUUUGGCCAGAAGUAACCCUUUUUCCACUAAUUAUUUGGGAUCUGGUCAUGUGAUGGAGGACGAACGGAGGAAGACUUCAGAAGCAGUAAACCUUGAGGCCAUCUUUGUCCCUCCGCCUGAAUUUCAGAGUUCACCUCUGGAUCUUCAGCCUGAAAGAAGUACUAGAAAUGGAGCUGAAUUUUCUGAACUUCCAAAGGACCUAUUCCAGACCGUUGCCCCUAACCGUGUGCAAAGCCACUUCCAGACACCGACAUUGGCCCAAAAUGCAUCUGCCAAUGGCCAUUUUCUUGACAAAACUCUGAACUUGCCAGAUAUAUUCAAACCUUUACCCUCUGAAACACGAGAUGAAGGGGUCGAUCUUUUCCAGGCUGCUAAAGGAGAUGAUUUAUUCCAUGCUACAUGCACAAGUGAGGUUAACCUCUUUAAAAAACCUUCCAGUGUUUUUGAGGAUCCAUUUGAAUCUCCUACAAACAAGGAGGAAGAUCUGUUCCAGUCUUCACAGCCAAACAUAGCAAACCCAUCGCCAUUGACCGAAGAGGCGGAUUUGAUUCGGGCAGUUCCGAAUACAAAUGGGGAACUCUUCCACAUCGGGGAAAACAAACAAGAUUCCUUUAUGAAAGAGGACCAUUUUGGCAUGUCUUCUUUUAAGGAAAAUCUGGAUGUAUUCUCACCUUCAUCCACAAAUUCAGUCGAUCCAUUCCCAAGCCCGAUUACAAGGGAUUUAUUCCAAGACGUUUCCAGUUUGGAAGACCCGUUUGGCGCCACACCCUUGAGAUCAAAUGAUCCUUUCCAAGAUAUUUCACCUUGGACUCCAGAUAUCUUCCAACCACUUCCCUCGAAGACCAACAGCAUGGAUGUUUUUGGGAUGACUUCCAGCAAUACUGCCCCUGAAGCAGUUUACUCCACAUCGUCUGUUAGCAGCCAAUCAGACAUGAAGUUGGACAUGCUAUCGUCACCAGAUCUGUUCAAGACAACGGCAAUAAAAGCUCCUCCUCCAGCGGUCAGGCCGAAGCCGUCCAUCAGGCAACACGAUAUUAUCUUGACGACCCCCCAGGGGAGCACGCAUGAUAUUCUUCAGCCGAGUCCCUUCAGUCGGGCCAGGAAUCUGUCCAUGACACCAAGCCAGUCUGCAGCGGAAAAUACUUAUGUUUCCAAGUUCAAACGUCCACCAAAGCCACUUCCUCGAACUAGACCACCAAGGACAGAAAAGACGACCCUAGCAGAAAAGCUACCAAAACCAGAACGGCCGCCACCACCGACAAACCAUAUUGAAACAACAGAUAAGCCUGAAAAACCAGAAAGGCCGCCAGCACCAGCAAACCCUAUUGCACCUGAAGCAAUUGUACCGAAAACCUCUCCCAAACCAGCCUUCAGACCGCUUUCGAAACCAACACCUCGGGAGGAAACUAAAGAAUUUGAAAAGGAAAACUUUGCUGUCUUUGAAGACGUCCUGCUAAUGGGACAGGAAAGAUGUAUUGAGGACUGGCCUGAAGACAGCCCUCAGCUUAACCCUCAAUUUAAACCAUCUGGAACAUUGAGACUACGACGAGAAUCAAUGAGAAUGAAAAUGGACUCUGAAGGAGGAAGUGUUGAGGAUCUGGACGGUUUUGGGGUCAAGAAAAAGGACAAAAAGUUCAGAUUGUCCAUACUUUCCAGAAAAAGUUCGAAGAUUUCUGAGGUGCGGAGGAGCAGCACACUACCCACCCUCGGAAAAUCAUCAAAGGAGUAUUUAUCAGAAACGAACAUGUCUACAGAAGAGAAUGAAGAUUGUGAGCAAUAUGGGAUGGACUACAAAAAGAAAAGUGUGAAGACCAAAGUCAAUAAGCUGCUUAGAAGAGCGUCCGCUAAUUCCUCCGUGCUGGAGGGAAAGCAAAUGAACGGACAUUUGCCUCAAGACCUGAAGGCAGAAGAGAUCAGAAGGCAAAGGGUCAGUAAAAAAGAGUCGACUGUACGCCGCUGGUCAGAGGGGACAUUUUUGGAUGAUGUCACUGGGGAGGGGGAAGAAGAGGAGGAGGAGGAGGAGGAAGAAGAAGAGGAGGAAGAGGAGGAAUUGGGAGCCGAGCACAAAGAGAAGAAAAAGAAGAAGAUGAAAAUUAAGUUUGUGCCUCACAGAGGAUUUGCAAUCACUGUGGAAAAGAAGGGAGCUCACGGAUACACACCUCGCAAAGACUCAAAGGAUGAUGCUUUUAAGGAUGUAGAGAGACGCCACACUCUUCAGUCAACUAGCAAGGCUGCUUACAUGGACGAUGAGCACUUCCAGAAAACACGCCCUAUGUCUGCAGGAUUCAAUGGAGACGAAGACCCAUAUGAAAUGGACGACUGCAAACCUAAGAAACCAACGAAGAUGAAGAUGCUACUAACGGGCCGUCGAAGCUCGAAGGAGGACAUGCUGGACGACAACAAUGCUCAGAAAAAGAAGGGCAGCUUCUCAGCGGAGGAGUUGGACGACGAUGAGUGGAUGGAGGACUGCAAACCGAAACCCUCCAAAAAGAAAGGCCCUCUUCCCGUGCCACGCAAAUCAGCCAAAGGUCAGAGAGAGGCGACUGGAUUCAGCCAGCAGAACCCUCAGCAAGCAGCCUGCGAUCCCUUCGCUGAAGGCGAGGCGGGUGAAGUGGAAACCUGCAAACCGAAGAAGAAAUCAAAACUUAAAGGCUUCAAAAAGCAUAAGACGAAGAGUAAAGCCAAUCAUCCAGAGUAUGAGGAUCCACCCGGAGCUACGUCAGCUGACUUCCUGUCGGAGGCUGCCAGGGCGGAGUGGCUGGCAGCUCAGAUGGACGAGCAGGCUUUAGAAGAGCUGGAGGACGACUACGAGGACGGGGACACGGACAGUUUGAUGGAGUGGUGGCACACAGUGGAGCAAUGGGACGAGGUGCCAUCAGACGACGAGGACAAAGUCUUAAAAGAGGAUGAAUCUAAGUCGUUCACCAUCUUGGCGGACAAGGUUCAACGCGGCCUACGUGUCUUCAACAAAAUCUUCACGGAGCGAGCCGAGUUCCUCUGGCAGUCCAUCCUCAGGCUGCACGCCAUCGCCGACGACAUCAACACUUUCCACCACAAAGCCAAGAUCGCCGGCAUCACCGGAGGAACCACCACGGCUGUAGGGGGGGUGACGGCCAUCGCUGGUCUGGCUCUGGCACCUUUUACCUUCGGAGUCUCUCUGGUGAUAACCGCUGUUGGUGUGGGAGUGGCGACGGCCGGAGGAAUCGCUUCAGCCUCAGCGGCAAUCUCAGAUAACGUUCACAACCUGCAUGACCGCAAGAAGGUGGAGAUAGUGCUAGGUGACUAUGAGGCUCACCUGCUGGCCAUCGGGAAGAUCCUCCACUUUGUCAACCAGGGCCUCGUCAAGCUCCGCGGGCACCCUUUCCUCCGGUCGGGCACCCAACACUACUCCAAGGACUGGGAGAUCCGCCGCGCGGUGCAGAUGAUCAGCCUGGUGGACACGCCCGUGAUGCGCGGGACGGAGAUAACGGACGACUUGGUCGCUUCCGUCCAACGACUCUUCAUCGGCAUGGACAAGUACUUCGCCAAGGACUCCCGAGAGCUGAAGAAAGGCUACAAGAAGGAGGUGGUGUGUCAGAUAAAGGAGGUGGCCAAUGUGCUCAACGUCGGCAUAGUGGAGCUCAACUCCGUCCGAGAGGAACUGCAGGAUGCUACCGGAAACAUGUGAGGAGGACACUUUGAAUAUAGGUAUUUCAUUAAAACAUGUGAGCUACUUCCUGCAGGAGGACACUUUGAAUAUAGGUAUUUCUAAAGGCACCACCACCCCCUCUACUGGCUAAAUGAGGGAACUGUUGGUGUGAAGGAGUCCAUUGGUCCAGUACCUGCAGUUUCAGACAUUUAAAGGGAGUGUAAGGCUGUUUUAUUUGUAAUUUAAAUAUCCAUUGAGGCUGUAGAUUGCUCUUGCAUUUGUGAAAAAGUGUAAGAUGUUUAUUGUAUGCACAUGAAAAGGUUAACAGGGAAACGGGCACUUUUUUGAGCACUGCUUUUUUUAAAGGGUAAACCGUUAAAAAAAAGUAGCUUUGUGGUCACAGGUGUUUUCGUUUAAAUAUUUGAUAUGAUUUUUGCUUAAAAUUAUCCACCCACUGUAUUUACUGAAGGAGCUUUAAUUCACUUUUCUGACAGUUUCAACCAUAUUGUAUAUUUAUUCACAAAGAAAAUGUCAGUGUUCAAUUGUAUUUCAUUUUCUGCAUUUCCUAUCAGUUUUACAAACCCCUAUGUCAAAUAUCGGUAUAAUGAUACAAAUGUUUAUAGUUGAGAAUCUACAAUGAAACAACAGACAAAAGAACCCUUGGAGUUUGUAACAUUUUAAAUUGUUAUAAAAAAAAUACAUGAUAGUUUUAAUUGGUUAAGUUAAAGUAGUAGUGUUACAGUACUUUUUGUUGAAUACGAUAUAUUGUUUACAUAUUCACAAUAAAAAUGAAUGUUGUAUAGGGUAAUUUAUCUGUAAUAUGUAUCUGUGCUAAGACAAUGAUUCAAAUAGCUAAUUAACUACACAUUCUUCUUUUGGUCUUACCAUGUGGCAUCUAUGUAAAUGUGUUUGUGUUUACAGGUAGAUACGGUUAUAAUAUUCCUACCUUGAUAACCUUUAUAAUAUUCUAUCAAAUUGUCAAACUUAAAGCAGACUUUUGACAAGUUAAUAGGUUGCGAUUACAGAAAGGUGUCUAUUACUUUAUGUUUUUACUGUCAAAUAACCUUUACUUGGUUAUGCUCCUGCAUGUAUUUGUCGUCACCGUCUAUGCUUCUUCCUGCAUUAAUCUGAAUGGGAUGUAUCUGCAAAAUAUUUGAAUGUAAUAUAUUUAGAUUGGUCAGUGUAACAGAAUAUUUGAAUAAAGACUAUUUACUUGAUACUUUAAA